AGCCGAGAACAGUGCCAGUCAAGGCUCUUCACAAGGGAGAAAAGAACCAGAUCCAGACUUGGGAUUAGUGGAGAAAGAUGGGCGAUCGGUAUUUACAAGAACAGAAUCUUUCAGCCGAUGACCAACUUUCAUAUAGCUUGUAAAGGCUUUGUUUCCAACGGCAGUGCUGUCGAAGGGUACCUCGUUGACAAAAUUCCAGCGCACUGUCAAUGCCUUGAUGGUGUUCAAGCAAAUUCAGAAAGGUAUGUCAACUCUGAAUGCACUUAGUAAUUUGUGGUUCGUUUUAACGUUGCGCUUGUGUACUUUAUUCAGCUUUAUUCCAUUCACAUAAGUCAUAACACAUAUAGUAUCUUCAAUGUCAUUCUUCAGCUCUACCCAUUCUUUUACAUCGUCGGAGAUGUCUCCCCAGCAAGAAAUUUUGAGAAAAAUACCUGGCAAAGGGAUCUGGACGGCACCAAGCCGCGACCAGUACCUCCCCGCUUAUUUCAAGGAUGUCUGUGACCAAUAUCUUCUCCAACCUAAUGCAGGAGAACUCAAGCCAGUUAAG